ACGUCACGGGAACAACUUGCCUUCAUCUUCCCUCCUUCUAAAUUCUAAAGAUGGUGGAAAGUGGAAAUGUUGUUUACUUCGUAUAGAAGAAUUUUUCGAGCGAACUUUCGCUCGUUUUUGAACUAGAAUGACGACAAAUGGACUUCUAAAAGACCAUCUUAUCCAUCAUGAUCUGCAGAACGCCAAUCUCACUGGAUGCUCUGAAAAGAUCGGCAUUGAUAGUUUUGAACUAUUAAAAGUUUUAGGGACUGGUGCUUACGGCAAGGUCUACUUGGCCCGGAAGAAAGAUGGUUUCUACGAAGGAAAGUUAUUUGCCAUGAAAGUCUUGAAGAAGGCGACUAUUGUGCAGAGAGCGAAGACAACACAACAUACAAUGACUGAACGCCAAGUUUUAGAGGCAGUUAGAAGCUGUCCUUUCCUUGUUACAUUACACUGGGCAUUUCAAACGGACUCAAAGCUUCAUUUAGUUAUGGAUUAUAUUAGUGGUGGAGAGCUGUUUACCCAUUUAUAUCAAAGGGAUAAGUUUAGUGAAGAGGAAGCAAGGAUAUAUAUUGCUGAGAUUGUUAUUGCUAUUGACCACUUACAUAAGUUGGGAAUCAUUUAUCGUGAUAUAAAAUUGGAGAACAUACUCCUUGAUUCACAUGGCCAUGUUGUUUUGACAGAUUUUGGUCUGAGUAAAGAUUUUAGUCCAUCUGAUGAGAUUAGACGAACUUACUCAUUUUGUGGAACAAUAGAAUAUAUGGCCCCAGAACUUGUGAAUGGAAAUGACAAUGGACAUGAUAAGUCAGUUGAUUGGUGGAGUCUUGGUGUUUUGAUGUAUGAACUUCUUACUGGUGCUUCACCUUUCACAGUUGAUGGUGAAAAGAACAGCCAGUCACAAAUAUCAAAGCGAAUACUAAACAAGCAGCCACCAAUACCAAAAUCAUUUUCGCCAGAUGCAAAAGAUUUGGUUAAAAAGCUGUUAUGUAAAAAUCCAGCAAAGCGUAUUGGUAGUGGUCCCACAGGCGCAACUGAAAUCAAGCACCAUGUCUUCUUUAAGCAUUUAAACUGGGAUGCAGUAUUUGAAAGGAGGAUCAAGACUCCAUUUAUUCCAUGUAUCAAUAACGAUAUGGAUGUCAGCAACUUUUCCUCAGAAUUUACAGGAAUGACGCCUGAUUAUUCUCCAGCUGCUGUACCAAAUAACACAGAAAAAGUGUUUAGGGGAUACUCCUAUGUGGCUCCAUCUAUCAUUUAUGGCGAAUCUACAACUGUAGAUGAUUGCCUUAAGUUGUCGUAUGAGAGUCAGGUUUCAUCAGCUGGGAUAAGACAGGCUUCUUUCUUUGAGGCCUGUCCAUUUUUUCAAAAUUAUAUGGUCACAGAUGAAAUACUUGGAGAUGGCAGCUUUUCAACUUGCAGGAAAUGUAUAAAUGUAAAGACUGGUUUUCAUUAUGCUGUUAAAGUCAUCAGUAAAAGACGAAAUCUCACACAAGAAGUUCAAUCUUUAAGACGAUGUCAAGGACAUCCAAACAUCGUGAACAUACAUGAAGUUUAUCAAGACGGACUUCAUGUUUACUUAGUCAUGGAGUAUCUUCAGGGCGGGGAGUUGUUUGACAGAAUUCGACAAAAAAGAAGUUUCUCCGAAGCGGAGGCGAGUGUUUUGAUGCGGAAAAUUGUGUCCGCGGUUGCAUUUAUGCAUUCUAGGGGAGUGGUACACAGAGACAUAAAACCAGAGAAUCUACUCUUUGUUGACCAUACGAAAGAUGCAGAGAUGAAAAUAAUUGAUUUUGGUUUUGCAAAAGUGAAAAUAGUCAACCAGCCUUUGCAAACACCAUGCUUUACGUUACAUUAUGCGGCUCCUGAAGUUUUGGCUCAAACGACAAAGCAAAGUGGUUAUGAUGAAGCCUGCGAUUUGUGGAGUCUUGGAGUAAUUAUGUACACAAUGUUAUCUGGCCAAGUUCCUUUUCAAAGAAGUGGUAGUCCUAGCAAUACUGCUGCCAAUAUAAUGAACAGAAUUAAGAAUGGUGAUUUCAAAUUUGAAGGAGAACAAUGGAGCACUGUUUCUCAGCAAGCAAGGGAUCUAAUUCAAGGCUUGUUAACAGUAAAUCCAAAAGAAAGGCUUACAAUAAGAGAAGUCCAAAAUCAUGAAUGGCUCUCAAAUGGCAGUGAUAUACCUACUACUCCUCUUAUGACCCCUGGUAUCCUUGGCAUGGGACAAAAACGUACUUUUGUUGAAAGUGCAAUAAACGCUGCAUAUAACGCUUUUCAUAAGGCAACACGAGAGGGUUUUGCAUUGCAAGCUGUUGAACAGGCACCUCUGGCAAAACGACGUAAACUGAAGAAAAAUACUUCUGAUGAAAGACGGUUAACAAACUGCAGCUCAGAAGGAAGCUCUUGUGAUAUGAACGAAAAUCGUAAAUUUCCUGAGGAAUUAUCUUGAUGCACCUAAGGUGAUAAUAUUGUUUGUACAAGGGUGUGGGAAUGUAGUCAUGUAUAUAGGUACUUAGAUAAAUAAAUUAUCAAUAGCUUUUAUGUUUAA